AGCAGGCGUGAACUGUAAGCACCUGAACAAGGCACCGAGACUGAACAGAAGGAACUGCUGAAGGGGCCUCUCAGCUCUGCUUGCUUAAGUGACCCGUCCUUGAGAGUUAAACAGCCAGGGGGAGACGGAUCUCUUCUUCAGCUGUAGAUACAGUUACUACAAGGCAAGGAAAGAGCUGAGCCCUGCUUUGCCUUUCAUUUAAGGAAGCCAACAGCUGAAGACUCUUACAGAACUGAUUUGUAUGUGCAAGGCUUUGAACCUUUGGACACAAAUGACAGUUUUCAAGGGGAGAGUUGUGCUAAUUGCCCCAAGUUAUUAAGCUCUGGACAAGUCUCUGCUUCAAGUUCUCAUGAAACAAAGUCUUGAUGAAAGGAUUUUCUUGCAUUUUCCCCCUUCUAGGAAGGGCUAAUCAAGAAGGGAGCAGUACACUUCUGUUGCUCUGUGGAAGCUGGAGUAGGAGAAAUCAAAGUAGGUGCUGCAAAAUGCAAUGUGUCAGGCUUUGGAGAAGCAGCAGUGUCUGUUUGGAAUAAUCCUUCAGCAUCUGAGGACACUUCCACGCCUCUCACUAAGCCUUCCUUCACUUUUUUGUGUUCUAGUACCCCCCCCCCCCGCCCCCAGUGUUUCUAACUCCUACCAAAAUAUUCUUUUCUGGAAAAUACAAAGCUGCGGUGUUUGACAGCAGAAGAUAAAAAGAAUAAGUAGGAGAGAAAGUGAAAAAGAGAGUGAUGUCCUUUUAUCUUCUCCCUUUUACAAAGAUGAGGUGCCUUCUGCUGGAGCUGACAUCUCUUCUGCUACUGGAAUCCGUAUUUGCACAACGUCAAGUCUCAGUUCAAGAAGGCCCACUAUAUCGCACAGAAAACUCCCACAUCACCAUUUGGUGCAAUGUCAGUGACUAUCAAGGACCAUCAGAACAGAAUUUUCAGUGGUCUAUAUAUCUCCCAUCCCUCCCAGAAAGGGAGGUACAAAUUGUCAGCACCAUGGACCCAUCCUUCCCUUAUGCUAUUUACACCCAGCGUGUCAGGAGUGGAGAAAUCUAUGUAGAGAAGAUCCAAGGGGAUUCUGCUUUGCUCCACAUCACAGAGCUCCAGGACAGAGACACUGGUGUGUAUGAAUGUCACACACCCACCACUGAUGAAAGAUAUUUUGGGAGUUACAGUGCCAAGAUGAAGCUAAUAGUUGUUCCUGACUCUCUGCGGGUGACCUCAGAAGCCCAGACCCUAAAUAAAGUGCAACAUGAUUCUCUGGAACUGAGAUGUGUGGUAUCCAAGACUACUGUGCAGCACAGCCACGUUUCUAUUGCCUGGUACCGGAAAAAAGCAGAUGAGCCUGCUGUGGAGGUGGUCUCCCUCAGUCGAGAUUUUGUAUUGCAUGCCGGAAGUGAGUACAGCCAGCGGCAUGCCAGUGGAGAUAUCCGCCUGGAUAAAAUAGGCGAGACUCUAUCCAAGCUUACAAUCUACAACCUGCAGUCCUCUGAUGAAGGCGAGUUUUACUGUGAGGCAGCAGAGUGGAUUCAGGACCCUGAUGGCACUUGGUAUGCGAUGACCCGCAAACACUCAGAGAGCACCAUGGUCUAUGUGGAAGGAACUGUCAGUGCUCACAUUAAUUUUGAUAUGGAUAUCAAUGUCCGGCUAGAGACAGAGAAGCGGACAUACACAGUGGGUGAACCAGUAGAGUUCCGGUGUAUUUUGGAGGUACAGAAUGUUGCCAAGAGAUACUUCUCCAUCUCGUGGGCCUUCAACAGCUCCCUGAUUGCUAGUUUUGGGGCUAAUGCUGUGCCAGUGCUUAACAAUGAGUUUGCCCAGCGUGAAGCUUUGGGCCAACUGAAAGUGUCCAAAGAGAGUGACAGUGUCUAUAUCCUGAAAAUCUACCAACUCCGCCUAGAAGAUAGUGGAAAGUACAACUGUCGAGUGACAGAACGCUUGAAGACAUCAACUGGUGAAUUUAUUGAUGGAGAGAGCAAACGUCCAAAGAACACACCUAUCACAGUACUCCCCCUUAAGACCAAUAUUUCAGUGGAAGUGACCAACAAUGCCCCUAGUGUUCUAGAGGGAGAAAGCCUACGAUUUGGUUGUAAUGUGCGCACAGGAUUUAGACCCCAAAACCGUCUUUCUGUCACUUGGCAACUAGUGGACAAGCAGAAUCGUCGCAGUGACAUUGUGCAGCUUGACCGGGAUGGCACCCUUCAUCCAGGCCCUUCUUACAUUGAGCGUAGCAGCUACGGUGGGAUCCAGAUGGAGCAGAUACGGCCUGGAUCCUUCACACUUGAAAUCUUCAACAGCCUCAAAGCAGAUGAGGGCCAUUAUGAGUGUCGUGUCACAGAGUGGACACGACGGCUGGAUGGGGAGUGGCAGAUGAUUGGGGAACGGCACAAUGGCUCUGCAGUAUCAAUCAAUGCACUGGAUGCUGGCUUUGCAGUUACAGCCAUCUCCCGCACUCCUGGAGUGACCUAUAAUGAGUCAUUUGAUUUGCAGUGCAUCAUCAAACCACAUUACCCAUCUUGGGUCCCAGUGUCUGUGACGUGGCGUUUUCAGCCAGCAGGCAGCACAGAAUUUCACGAUCUGGUCACCUUUACUCGAGAUGGAGGUGUUCAGUGGGGAGAUAAGUAUAGCGGAUUCCGAACUCGAACAGCCAUUGAGAAAACAGAGUCCAGUAACAAUGUACGCCUCAGCAUUAGCAGGGCCAGUGACACAGAGGCAGGCAAGUACCAAUGUGUGGCAGAGCUCUGGCGGAAGAACUAUAACAGCAGCUGGACACGACUGGCAGACAGAACCUCAAAUCUCCUGGAAAUCAGGGUUUUGCGGCCUGUGACGAAGUUGCAGGUCAGUAAAUCAAAGCGGAGUGUUACUCUUGUGGAAAACAGGGCCAUUCCCCUAAACUGCUCUGUGAAGUCUCAGACCAGUCCAGACUCUCACUUUGCUGUUCUAUGGUAUGUCCACAAGCCGGCUGACACAGACGGCAGGCUCAUCCUGAAGACCACCCACAACUCUGUGUUUGAGUACGGCACCUAUGCAGAAGAAGAAGGGCUGAAGGGAAGGUUGCAGUUUGAGAGGUCCUUGUCUGGAGGACUCUUCAGUCUAACAGUGCAGAAGGCACAGGUCAGCGAUACAGGCAGCUAUUACUGCCAUGUGGAGGAGUGGCUUCUCAACCCCAACCAUGCCUGGUAUAAGCUGGCAGAGGAAGUUUCAGGUCGGACUGAAGUCACAGUCAAGUUGCCAGAUAACCUUCUGGAAGUAAACCAAACCACAAAGAACCUCACAAUUCUGGAGAAUGAGUGGGUGACUUUGGAGUGUCUGGUCACCAGCCGGAGCAGCCACGCUUCCCACUUAUCUGUGGAAUGGUAUGUGUGGAAGCCUGGCCACACAGAGAAAGAAGAGGUUGUAAAGCUGAGCCGCCAAGCCACUUUGUUGUAUGGAGAGUUGGCAACAGUGAGUGACCUAAAGGGCAGGCUACGCUUGGAAAGCCCCUCCCCGGGCCUGUACCUACUCACCAUCCAGAACAUGACUGUGCAGGACAGUGGCAUCUACAGUUGCCGUGUGGAGGAGUGGCUGCUGGAUCCCACUAAUAUAUGGUACAGACGGGCAGAAAGCCUCUCUGGACUGACCACUAUUGUGGUGAAGCAACCAGAGGCCUCUUUGCAAGUGGAUACAACAACGGCCAACCUAACAGUGCCAGAGCAGGGGCAGUUUCAUUUGGAUUGCACCAUUCUGUCCAUCUCCAGCCAGGAGUCCCACUUUGCUGUGUCAUGGGUCAUCCUGAAGACCAGAGGCAGAGGUGGACGUACCAGCCGCAACAAGGAUGGAGAAGAGAAGGAGAUCAUAUUGAGAGUAGGCCAGGAUGCCAUCUUCAGCCCAGAAGCUAGCCCCUGGGAAGGCAGGCUGCGUUUUCAGAGGCUCUCAACCAUGCUGUACCGAUUGACUGUGUUGCAGGCAGGUACUGCAGAUGGUGGCAAUUACUCCUGCCGUGUGGAAGAAUGGCUGCCUGACCCCAGGGGUGCAUGGUACAAACUGGCUGAAGAGGAAUCUGGCCCUAUAUCAGUUUACAUACAAGAUACAGGCUCCUCUCUGCAGUCUGUCACCUGCUCCAACGAUGCCCUCUUCUACUUUGUGUUCUUCUACCCCUUCCCCAUCUUUGGCAUCCUCAUCAUCACCAUCCUCCUCGUGCGGUUCAAGAGCAGAAACUCCAGCAAGAAUUCAGAAGGCAAGAAUGGCGUCCCCUUGCUGUGGAUCAAAGAGCCACAUCUCAACUACUCACCCACUUGCCUGGAGCCACCUGUUCUCAGCAUCCACCCAGGAACUAUAGAUUAAAAAAUAGAGAGGCCCACAAGGAGGAAAAGAGAAGUGAAGACACAUCUGGAACCCAAAGGAAGUGUGUAUGUGUUGUCUUUUUGUUUCAGCAUUUGUAUUUUGGAUCCUAACAAGGCUCCAUGAUGAUGUUCCUGUCAUUUUUUGGAACUGGAGGAGCUCAAGCACUCAGAAUGUGAGAGAAGUUCCAGACAACAGCUAAAUGGGGUGGAAAGCCUAUGUGUUCACUGUAUAUAGUGGAUUUCCUUCUUGCGUGUUUUUUUCUUCCAUCCAAUUUCAGCAGCCUGUCUUUUGGGCUUUUGACUCUAUUGCCCAAAGACCGAGUCUUUAAUUAUGCAGAAGAGAAUCCUCAACAUAUUAUACAACUGUGGUGGGGAUCUUUGGUGCCCAAGUUUGUUUUGUCAUAUGGGCUUUGUUUGCCUUCCUUGAGCUUUCAUUUGGAGAGGCACAGAGAAUUAGACUGACUUCUUCUAAGAAAACAGAACUGGAACUUCUUCCUGCCAAGUAGCAGCAGGGUUUGUGCCAGGUCAUUCUUUGGGAGGACCAAAAACAGAUAGAGGGUGGCUUUGCCAUUCAUUGGCUUAAGGAAAUCACUUGUGCCAGUUGCAGUCAAGCAAAAGCCUGAAUAUGCCAGUGCUGCAACAUUCCCCAGCUGGCCUCUUUGCCCACAGUACUGCUGCCUCUGUAACUAAUUCUGUUUACUUAGAAAUGCACACAAUCACCCUUUGAUUUAAACCACACUGCCACUUCUUUGGAGACUGCAGGAACAAAAAACCUGGACUCCUAAUUCUAUAAAGACACUUGAGAUUGACCAAAGUAAUGAUUUAGGAAAUGGGAAGGUUGGUGAGGGUCUGGAUUUGUAAUAGCUUUGGAAUAGUGAACCACCCAGCAAAGAAAGCAUGGACAUGAUGACCAAGUUUCAUUUCCCAUUGCACUAAUUACACAGACCAACAGGCAAGAACGGAAUUGAAGGGUCUCCCUUUCCUCCUGUAUGUGUGUGUGCCAUUUUGUUACUUCAGCUCUAUUUCUCCAGGUGCAACACCCCUCACUCCCCACCCCCAUUCCACACAGCCCUGCAAAAGCUACAGGUAGACUGUACGGACAUGCUAGGGCAAAGGAAAAAAACUGCUGUUCUUUCUGUGAAAGACAUGGUGUUAGCAAAACUGGGGCUCACUACUAGCAGAGUGCCUGCUUUCCACCAGAGUAAGCCAGCUGCUCAUGUUCUGUGCUGCCUAGGGAAUUCUUGUGAUAACUGAUGGACCCAGCUCUCCUUAAUGCACCUCGUCGUAACCCUGAAAACAAGCAGGGUUCCUAGGACAUGGCCUUUUGCCAUCUUCCUAAGUAUUCCUGGCAAAGCUGGCCACUACCUUUUUCACCGAAUGACUGGAUCUAUGUGUGAGGACAUCAUGUUGUGCGGUCACCUAAACAGAUGCACAUCAUGGCACGGUUGGCUAUCUUACCUUGGCUUGGGGGGAGGUGUGGAGGUUGGACCCAGCAACAGAGCAAGCUCCUCUAAAGAGUGAGACAACCUGAAAAGAGUGGUCUUAGAUUGUCCCACUGGACUCUUCCUGUGGGGAUACAUUAACCCAAGUGAAUAGUGAUGCAGGAAGAUCUGUGCAGAGGAUUGUGCCACCCAUACUCUCUGGUAGGGGAAGGGAGAUGUGUAUGUUCCAAGUUAUUUACGCAGCCUUUAAGGUUUUUGAAAAACAUCCCCUUUCACCAUGAGGAAGAUUUCUGUAGCAUUCUAAUAAAAGCAUCCAAAACAUUACCAGGGUUGCACUGCCUCUGCAAAUAGUUAUUCCUAGAUAAAAAACUCCUGUGUUUGAAACACACAUGCCCCUUCAUCCUCCUGCCUGUGCAAUAUAUUCAGAAGGGAGGGAUCGAAAAGCAAAUGGGAAUAUGAAGUAAAGGGAAAAAAGAGCCCCUAGCUUGUGUCUAUUGUUUUAUAAAUGUAAAAUGUUCUGUACAUAUACUGCUUCAGGACAGGAACUAUAAUUCCAUUCAGCUCUUUAAAAGGAAUUGAGUCAGCAAGAUGUUUUCCUGCCCUAGAGAACAUUGCUGUUUAUCUUUACAUUGGAAAUCUGUUGUACUGACCCAGUAGCAUCUCACUGCUUCUCACUGCAUAAACCAGCAAUCCUUCCCUUUCCCUCCUGGUUCCUUCUAACUACCGAAAGCUGUCCCAUAGCGACCUCCAGGGGCCAGCCAUUUGUUUGUGGCAGAACAGAUUCUGAAAAAUUGUAAAAGUGCAGACGGGACAGGGAGGAUUGUCCCUUACGCAGCAUUGAUGAUUGCAUAGAUUACUUUUGCAAAUGACUUGUUCAUUGUGCUGUCAAUCUACUGCCCAGUUUGGGAUUAUGUUAAUUUUCUUUUCAUUUUUUAAAAGAUGGACAUUUGCCUGUAAGACACUUUUAAGAAAGCUAUUUGGAUAACUCUGAUCUAACUUCCCUUAAUGAGCCCAGAGGAAAAAGAAUGAGCUACCUUUGCAUGAUGUGGGAAAACUGUGUGAUUUUUUUAAAAAAAGACUUUGUAACAUGUUGCACUAAAUGUUUUAUACAACACGAGAGAGCUGUAGUAAAAAGUCUUGAGGUUGUG